AAAGAUAAAGCCAUGCACAAACAAAAUAAAUUUGAAGACAUUUAAUAGCACUUUUGUGUAUGUUUUCUUCACGCAUAGACACAUAAGAAUUUUACAUUUUUAAACAGCCGUGAAAUAGCUAUAAAUUGGAAUUGUUUGUUUUCCAGGUUUUGAAAUGGGUAAAUAGCAGAGAAGCAAGUAACAGAAAAUGAGAAUAAUUCUACUGUAGCUGUGUAAACGAAAGAACAACGCAGAUCAAGUCAAGUUCGAUUAUGAAACGCCGGUGAGCCUUCAAACAUGGGAUGUUUUAGCUCUAAAAUCCCGGUACGGGCAUCAACACCCAAACCGCUACCGCCACCUACACCCCCACGUAGAGAAACAACUGAAGAUUUCAAGUCUACACAUGUAAACAUACAGAUAGACACACGGACAGAUGAGAACAAAAUACCAGAGAGGGUUCAAGGCUACCCAAAUCCAACGCCCUCGAGCCAUUCUAACGGAAAUAUUCCUCGAAGGCACCAUUGGUUUAAAGAUGACAAGUUUAACAACGCAAGUGAUGACGCGGAUUUAUUUACGACAGAAAUUGCAGUUGAUGACGACGAUAUAGAUUUGGAUACAAUGUCAGAUGAGAUACCUGAGCCUGUGAAACCAAAACGCAUUCGUCCUGCAUCAGGUGUUAAACCGGUUCUUUCAUAUGACGAAAUAGACGGUCAUGCAAAACAGGCUGAUGCACAUUUACUGGACUCAUUUCAAGACCUAGUAGAAUAUCUAACGGAACCUUUGAGCUCAGAUAAGUACCCAAAGACCAAAACAGCAAGGGCCAUUGUUGUGUGGCUGAGCCAACAGAAACUGGAAGGUGUAAGUUACGGAGAAAAGAAUCUUGAUACACCACGUGGUCUACUUCAGUACAUCAAGGAGGACAGAAUGACAUAUACAACUUGCUAUACCAUACUAUGCAGAAAGGCUGGUUUACAAUGUGUGACUAUUAAAGGACAUGUAAAAGCAGCAUCAUACGAACCAGGUGAUGAAUCUGUACCUUCGUCAUCUUGGUGUGCUGUUUACGUCGAGUAUGGAUGGCAAAUAGUGCAUCCUUUUUGGGUUUGUCGAGCACUUUUUGGUCACAAUCUUGGCGGAUGGAUUAAAGUUGAAAAAGACGGUAAAUCAAUGAGAAAAUCGGAAAAGGCUUCAUCCGGUGUUGAAAGAAAUACCUUCACGGAACGUUAUUUUAUGCCGAACCCCGAAGAAUUUAUCUACGAAUGUUGUGCUUCAGAAAAAGAAUGGCAGCUUGUACAUCCGCGGUCAGUUGUAUCUUCAGUACAAGAGUUCGUACAGAAGGCUUAUCUUUUCCCGCCAUUCUUCGGCGUUGGAUUUAAACUAGUCAGUGAUCCAAAAUGCGUAUUGAAUAGCAAAGACGGUUUUUGUAAGAUUGAAAUGAAGGCUAGGACAGCAAAUGCGCACAUGGUUGUACUAAAAUAUGAACUGUUCAAGAAGGAGCAGGAAGCUGAUUCGUAUACCACUCCAAACAAAGACGAAGAUGUGGCGAGGAUGGUAUUCAAUUCCAGAGCAGGCGAAAUGUUUACAUUUGAUAUUAGGUUUCCUAAAACUGGCAUCUAUAAAUUGGUUAUAUACGGAGGUCCGCACAAAUCUGCAUCUCUUCGUCUGUGUGAAUUCAAACUGGUCUGUGACAAAGAGAUGGUAGGCCGUAACUUAUUGCCUCUUGAAGGCGCAGAUAUCGGAUGGGGUCCAGGACCCGUCUCUGUAGAAGCUGGUCUUCUCAUGCCCUCAAAACCCAGUGGCCUAAUCCCUGUCAACGAGAAGGAAAAGAAAACUGAAGUAAAAUUUCAGUUACGUGAUAUGGGAGAUAAAUAUUCCGCUGUUGUACAUGGAGAAGUCGGUGGUCGUAGAAAACAACUUGAAGAUGACAAUGUAGUAGAUAUAAAGAAAAACAAACAGUUACAUCAGAUUAUCAUUAUAGUGAAGAUUCCCGAUAAAGGUGAAUAUGGACUCUCCAUUCAACACAUGGCAGCAAAGUCACGAGACAAGCAAGGAACAAAUGUUUGCAAUUACCUCAUUUCAACAAUUGCACACAAACCAGAACACGCCAAUGUAAGAAAUGCAAAGAAGAAACUAAGUGACGCAGUUGCAGAGAAUGUUGAACCUAGAAGAUGGAAGCAGCAGAUAAGUGAAAUACAAAGUUGUAUAGAGAGAUGCAAGAAGGAAAAGGUAUCUGAUACUGAUGAUGAAAUUAUUGCUGCCAAUGCCAUGGUAUGGUUUCUGACAUGUAAAGACAAACUACGUGACUGUGUGCUACGAAGAAAUCUACACGUGAUUAGAAAGACAUUGCAGAUAGUUAGUUUGUAUAAAAACCAAGACGCAUUGACCAAAGAAAUAAAGGAAGUCAAAGAAUUAGAAGAAGACAUUGUGGCAUUGAGAGGUUUUGCAAGACAAGUGCCAAAAUUAGAAGAAGCAAAUAAAGAAAUUGUCGCAUUAAAACAUGCUCCGGAUGAAGUUCAUAACACGUUCAAAGCACUUUUAGUAUUAUUAGGCGACUCAGAGAACAGUUUGGGGGAAUGGUCUGAUAUACAAGCCCGUAUGAAGUCCUCGACACACACAGUUGAAACGUCUAUCCUUGGGAAAAUGGGACGUAUACAGAGGCAGGAAAUAAAUCAAGAUCGACUGGAAAAAGCGGUUAGAAUUCUCCACAGAUAUACAGAAGACCAAGUUCGAAAAGUGAAUGGUGAUGCGCAUAGUUUUUAUUCGUGGAUUGAAAAUGUUAUAAAUGUACAUGACGGAAAGUAAUGUUGGCCGUGUGCUCAGAGGACAAUCUUCCAGAUGAUUUAUUUAAAGAAAAGAAAAUGACUUAAAUUUCGACAGUGCUUUGACUGAAAUGUGCGAGUGGGAAAUGAUUGACGGCUGAAAUCAUUUAGCAAUAUUUGUUUUUUUUAUGUUUUUUGAGGCAAGUACUGCCAUGUUUCUUCAAACAUUAUAACCACUAUUUACAAAUGUCCGUUGAAUCGAACGAUGAGUUACUUUGAUAGAUAAAAUUAGAAAGGAUAUUCAUAUCUGUC